AUGGAGGUAGAAAAAGCUAGUGAAGAAAAUGAUGGAGAAAUAGUAGCUACUAGUGAUAAUAAUACUGAAGAAAAUCAAAAUUGUGAAGAGCAAAAGAAUGAAAUCUACUCUCUUAAAAAUAGCAAGAGUUUAGUCCGUGUGGACUCAUUUGAUAUGGAAUCGGGGAAUGUUCGAGGAACUUCUAGCCGUCGAUCUCAGGCUAUCAAUUGGAGUUCGAUAUUGAAACUCGCAUUUCAGAGCAUAGGAGUCGUAUAUGGUGACUUAGGAACGUCCCCAUUAUAUGUUCUUGCAGGAGUAUUUCCAAAUGGAAUCAAACAUGAGGAUGAUAUUUUGGCUAUAUUAUCUCUAAUCUUCUAUUCACUCACUGCUAUAACUUUGAUCAAAUAUGUAUUUAUCGUCCUACGAGCAAACGAUAACGGGGAUGGAGGUACUUUCGCUUUAUAUUCUCUAAUAUGCCGUUAUGCAAAAGUGGGUUUCAUUCCAAGCUACCAAGCCGAAGACAAAGAUGUCUCAAAUUAUAAACUCAAUGCACCUAGUAGGAGGUUAAGUCGUGCUUCUACAGUCAAAUCUUUGCUCGAGAACAGUCCAUUUGCUAAGUAUUUGUUGUUGUUUAUCACAAUGCUUGGUACUUCUAUGGUCAUCGGAGACGGGAUUCUCACCCCAUGCAUCUCAGUUUUAUCAGCGGUUGGGGGUAUCAAGGUAGCUGCAACAUCUCUUACUGACAAUUUGGUGAUGUGGAUAUCGGUGGUGAUUUUAUUCUUAUUGUUUCAAGUACAAAGGUUUGGAACAGACAAAGUUGGCUAUAGUUUUGCGCCAAUUCUUACAAUCUGGUUCAUAUUUAUUGGUUGUAUCGGUAUAUACAACUUCAUAACACAUGAUCCAACAGUAAUCAAAGCUCUCAAUCCGAUGUACAUUGUAUACUACUUUAUAAGGAAUGGAAAGGAUGCUUGGAUUUCGCUUGGUGGCGUCAUCCUUUGUCUCACAGGUUCAGAAGCCUUGUUUGCAGAUUUAGGUCAUUUUAGUGUCAAGUCUAUUCAGAUAAGUACCUGUACUAUUGUCUUCCCAUCUAUUGUUUUAGCCUACACCGGUCAAGCUGCUUAUCUAAGAAAGCACCUUGAUGAUGCUCCUCAAGCUUUUUACAAAUCUGUUCCAAAACCUGUGUACUGGCCGAUGUUUGUUUUGGCGGUAUUGUCUGCGAUCAUUGCAAGUCAGUCACUGAUCUCUGCUGCAUUCUCGAUCGUUCAACAAUCUCUUGCACUUGGAUGUUUCCCUAAAGUAAAAGUGGUGCACACAUCAGCUAAGUACAAGGGACAAGUAUAUAUUCCAGAAAUCAACUACUUGCUUAUGUGUGCAUGUAUUGCUGUUACACUGUUUUUCAAGAACACCUUGACUAUCGGCAAUGCUUAUGGAAUAGCAGUGAUAUUUGUAUAUUCACUCACAUCUACGCUACUUGUUCUUGUGAUGGUUAUGAUAUGGAAGACGAGUAUCUUCUUGAUCAUAGCCUAUGUUUUUACUAUAAUGCUUCUCGAACUGCUUUACUUGACCUCGGUCCUCUACAAAUUUGUUGACGGUGGUUAUCUGCCAUUAGUUUUCUCUGCUGUCAUGAUGUGUGUCAUGUACACAUGGAAUUUCGCAUAUCGUAUGAAGUACACAUAUGAUCUUGAAAACAAAGUCACACUCGAGAGACUAAAACAGAUAGCUGGGGAUCCAGAGAUUAGAAGAUUACCGGGCCUGGCCGUGUUCUAUUCAGAACUAGUUCAUGGUAUUUCCCCAAUUUUCACUCACUACAUUGAUAACAUACCAGCGAUACAUUCAGUCCUCAUGUUUGUUACAGUCAAAUCCUUACCAAUAAGCAAAGUUCCUGCUGAGGAGAGAUUCCUAUUUCGACGUGUUGCACCUCAUGAGCUAGCCAUCUUUCGAUGUGUUGUAAGGUACGGGUAUACUGAUAAACAAGAAGACGGAAAAUCUUUUGAGGAGAUGUUAGUAGAAAGACUGAAGGAGUUUAUCAGGGAUGAAUUACUUUUUAACUCUGGACCAGCUCAAAUUAAGAGAGUUGGUACAAGUAUUCUCGAUGAUUCAAUAGCUAGAGCUGACGACAAUCCUAGGAUUAGCAAUGAGGUGAUGCAAAGAGAGUUGCAUAUGGUAGAAACUGAAUGCAGACAUUCUGGGGUUACUUAUUUGCUUGGUCAGAAUGAAGUUGUGGCUUCAAAGGAUUCUGGUUUAGCUAAGAAAAUUCUGAUCAAUUACGCUUAUAACUUCAUAAAGAGGUUCUUGAGAAAACAAGAAGAGGUAUUUGUGAUUCCUCAAAAGCGUUUACUGAAAGUCGGGAUGACAUAUGAACUUUGAGUGACGAUGGCAAAGUGGUGCCAACAACAAAGAAAAGAACUGGGGAGUUUCCUAAAGAGUUCAGAAACAAUAUCUUUUUUGUUGUUAUGUUUCCCUCUCGUUGGUAUACAGUUGGUUCUUUGUUUUUUUCGGCCAUGUGAUAAACAGAUAUCAUAUGUAUUAUCAUUGUUUUUUUAUAAUGUUGUCACAAAUAUAUAAUCAAUGAAAUAUCUAU